CAGCAUCAUUUAUAUACAUUUGUAUGUGCUGAUAAUCUGCGAUAGCAAAAAGUCUGACAUUUUCAUGUAUCUGCAUUUGACGCAGUUUUGACGGAACAGUCACAAAGAAAGUGGUGACAAAGCAACUUUCGGUUGCAGUGCGAUGUUAAAUACAGUGGGUGUGGACAGCUCGGCAGGAAAGGGACACAAAAACCAGACUGUAAGCUUGAGAAUUGUAGCAGACGGGACGUUUUUGGUGAGUGCUGUUGCUUUCGUACAAAGCUCGACUUCGACUAGAUCACAGGAGUUUUUUCCUGUACAUCAACACAUAUCAGCUUGAAGAGGAAGAGAAGUUAUGUAUGAGAGUCUGAUCCAGGAUUUGUCUGAAAGAAAUGUGUGCUAAGAGCUUCAGAGGAACAUUGCAGGUGAAUUGGAUUGAACAGGCAUAACGCAAACCUCCAGAUGAGCUUUUUUCUGAGUAGAAACCUCUCACUCUAAGAAUCCUGCAUGAUUGAAGCGAUGUUUUGAGUUUGUUUCCAUCAUGCCUGCUGAAGAUGUUGGUCCAGGUCGGGGUGAAAGGAGAAGGUUGCCAUGGCUGUUUCUGGUGCUGGUCAUCGCUGCGGUCACCUCCUCUUCCCUGUCUGUGAUCUCCUUGUACCAUGUACUUGCCCUGCAAGCCGAAGUGGAGGGUUUGAGAGCCGAGGUGGUCCGCAAGAGAGAGGAGCAAAGCGGGACACUGGAUGAACACAUGCAGGGGGCAGAAAAACAAACCCAUCAGCAGGAAGAAGAAGAGCACAAAGAGAGAAUUGAGUAUCUGCAGCAGACGGAGACGGAUGAUACCAUAACGGACCAUAAUGUCCUGUCAAAAAGGAGCGUGGGUCAUACUUCAAACAAAGCAGAACCCCAGCCCUGCUUACAGAUGAUGGCAGACAACAAGAAAACUACUUUCCAGAAAGAGUUUGCUUUGGAUUUAUGCACAGCUAUCCCAUGGCAAGUCGGACUGAAGCGUGGCUCGGCUCUGGAGGAAGACCAGGGCACCAUUUUAGUCAAAAAGGAGGGAUUCUUCUUUAUCUAUAGUCAGCUCUCCUUUUCCCAGGUUUACUACACAGACUCUACGUUCGCUAUGGGCCACAUCGUGAUUCGUAUAAAGAAGAACGUGGUAGGAGACGAGAGUCAGCACGUCGUUCUGUUCCGCUGUAUUCAGAGCAUGAAUCGAGUCAAUCACUUCAACACGUGCUACACUGGAGGUGUAGUGAAGUUGGAUUCUGGGGACAGACUGGAGCUCCUGAUACCUCGUACUCAUGCAAAUAUCUCUCUGGAAGGGGACUCCACCUUCUUAGGAGCAAUAAAACUGGCCUGACAAUGGAACAAGGCUUUGGAUGAGACACUGAAUGAGACUGGAUAUGCAAUUAUAAUUAUUCAUAAGGAUCAUUUUUGACAUUCACUGGACUUCAUGAACACAAGUGCAGCUUUAUGCUGUGGAAUAUUCUUGAGAAUUGAACUACUUUGUAUCUUUGCACUUGCUUUGGUUCACACCUCAGUGGCAUUUUUAAUAAGUUCUCCUAUGUCGCAAUCCAUGAUUCAUCAGUCUUCAUAAUGUUUUUUUCUUUCUUUUUCAAACUAUAGUAACAUGUAAUGCUUCAGAAAUGAAUUUUAUCGCAAAUGUCAAACCCACGUUGUUUUUCUCAUCUAUAGCCAUUCAGUUGUAUAACAACCAUUUUUCACAAUUUAAUCAGUUCCUGGUGGAUAAAAUCAA